AAAGAGACCCGGGAGAACAUCACCAUGUUAUACGUUUUCCUGGUGGACACUGGCACCAUGCUGACCUUCGACAUGAGCCUGGCCUUACAGCCAGUGAAUGUCCUUCAGCAGGAGGUGGCCCGAUCGCUGAGUGUGCCUGCAGACAAGCAGGUCAUGCUCAUCAGUGGUGGAGACAUGUUGGAGAGCAAGUCCCGCGUCUGCAGCUACAGUGCAGGCACGGACACCAACCCAAUCUUCCUGUUCAGCAAGGUGACCAUUGAGUCUGCUGUGCCACCAUCUCCAAGUGUGGACCUUGGGUCUGACUCGGAUCCCAGACUGCAGGUGGAAGGCUGCCUGAACAUGCCUGCUACAUACGAGACUGUGGUGGCACGGGCACAGCUAGCACUGCAAUUCCAUGACCUUGCCAAGGACACAGUGCGGUCAUGUGAACAGCUGGUCCAUGAGCAGCACCUGCAGCAGCAGGGCUGGGCAGCUGUUAUCGCCAAUCUGGAGGACUGCUCCAGCCAAUUCAAGAUCCGGGUGGACAGUUUUGAGGGACUGUACAGCCAGUACCUUGUCACCAGACCCAAGUUCAUGGACAUCAUUCAAACGUUUCCCAACACAAUCAAACUGCUGGAGAAGAUCCCUCUGCUGCCCUGUCUGCAGGGGGCCCCCAUGCAGGGUAUCCAGUCAUCCGGCGGGGUUGUGACCAGUCGGGUGUUCCAGCCACAAACGCUGCUGCAGUGGAUCAAUGCAAAGGAUCCCAGCCAUACACUAGAGCAGCUGAUGGAGCAGUGUGUGCGAUGUAUGGAACAGCUGGAUGAGACCGUACUGCAGGGUCUCAUGGCAGAGUGCAACAACAUUCUCAGUUCCCUUAACAACCCUCAGAUGAAGGAGAUCAAAGGCCUGGAGGACAGGCUAUAUGGACUGGAACAGCUGAUGGCAGGCACCAGGAAAAUAGUGCAAGAGCAGGGAGACAUGGCACAGGCUUUUGUCCAGAACCAGAGCCGGUGCAGUAACCUGGGUGACCCCUCCAUCCUGCCUGACCUGUGUGCCAGCCACCGUAAGCAGCUGCUGGUCAUGCUCAACAAUCACAAACAACUCAGGGACAUACGACGACGAUGUGUCAUCGCUAAGGACGAACUGUCUGCCAACCUGCACACUAGACUGAGGUGGAUCAUGUACAUAGAGAAGGCCAUCUGUGAGCUGGACAGCAAACUUACCAUCUACUAUGAGAACAUCAAGCGGCUGAAGAAGCGUCUGGAGAUUGUGGAGCAGGUUAGCGAGGCUCCCACUGUCUACUGCCAGGCCGUGGCGGAAACCUGCAGGAGGAGGCAGUUCUCUGAACAGUUUCUACAGUGGGCAGGGAACUUGUCACAGGACUUCACUCAACUGAGGGAAGAGGAAGUGAACAGAAGGAAGGAGUUCAAAAACAUUUUUAGAAAACAUUUCCUAAAGAUGAUGUUCCCAGGAAUGGAGGAUUAUCCACCAGGGUUUGCGACGAAACCUCCCGACUCUUUCGACAAAGACCUUCCCUUCAUCACUCAAGACGACAUCCAGAUUCUACAGGAUACAGUUCCAGAACUGUCCGACUCUCUGAGGGUACCAAGUCCAGAGGAACUACAGCAAAUGUCCCAGCAUUCUUCUCGCUUCAUGCACUUCAGCUUGACCUCACAUGAACCCCCUCUACGGGAUCAGAAGUCACAGGACAGCCAGGCUACACUGGUAGGGCCUUCUAGGUCAUCCAGUGAGACCAGUGCCUGUCCACAGACCACACCAACUUCAGAGUACAGCAGAUCUCAAAGCCAAGACACCAUCUCCAGUAAAUCCUCAAGGAAUGAAGAGCUGGCAAGUGUUCCAGAGAAGGAGGAAGGGACACAACCUCCUGUUGCACACACAGAAACUCCUCAGGUAGCUGAAGCUUCUCAUGCCCCACGACCAGUGCCUCACCGCAGUGCCCCUCCCACUAACGUCACUGUCCGGAGAAUGCAGCAACAACAAGAGUCUGGGUCCUACUCUCCCGACAGCAUUGACUCACACAGUGUAGACCUGGAGUAUGGAAGUCCAACCAAAAGACCAGUCAGUGACAGUUUUGUAUCUGUAAAUGAAAGCCCAGAUGAGUUUAUGUCUGCUACAGAUGUGUGGCAGUUCCAGGAGGGGGGUUACAAAAGUCCACCCAGUUCUGUAGGCACCCCACAUGAGUCUGUAGAGUCCUCGGUGGUAGAGACUUUAGGAAACACAUUGGUGGUGAAGACAGAGGGGGCAAAGGUCAAGUCACCUUCACAGAGCCACACUCAUUUACAGAGGAGCCUUCAGGAGAGGAAGUCCACCAUGAUAAGUGCAAGAAGCUGCAUGAGCUGCACAACAAGAUCCAGCUGCAGCUGAAGCUGGGACUGGUGGACCUCCGGCAACAGGUGCAGGACAACAGGAAGGACAUGUCCUCUCAUGUUGCCUUGGUGACAAAACAAGUCUUUGAGGUGGUUAGCGGUCUGGAGAAGACGAUGGCGAGCGAGCAGGAAGUGGCAGUUCAGGAUGCAGUAGGUCGGGUAAAUGAGGAAAAGCAGGCGUUGGCCUUGGAUCUUGAGGCCAAGAUUCAGUCUGAGGUAAGUAAAUGUACAAAGUUAAAUGAAGAGGUACAAUCUCUACAAGAACAACUGAAGGAAAGGAAGGUGGAUGAACAAAAUAUGACUCGAGAGUGGGACAUAAGGGUGGACAACAUGAAAACUGAGUUUGAAGCAUCACAAAAAGCACUUCAAGAACGUCUUGAAGAAGAACACAAAGUGAAAAUGAAUGACAUGAAUGAAACACUGGCUCAGAAGGAGCAGUUCGUUCUGGAGCUCCAGAGAGAAAAGGAAGUAAUGAUGGAGGACAUUGCUGAGAGGUUUAACUCAGAGAAAGGAGAAGUUGUCAUGACAUUGAGGAAAGAAUAUGAGGAAGCUAAGAAGCAAGCUGUGACAGAACUCCAGGAGAAGUUGAAAGUAGAUCAUGGAAAGGCAUUGGCAGCUCUGAAGGAUGAACAUGACACCCACCUGAAAUCAGCAUGUGAGACAAUACAACAUGCAAUGGAGCAGGAGAAGAGGGGCCUAGAGAAGCAGAUAAAGGACUUGGCAGAGGAAGUAGAAAGUCUGAAAGCUGAGAGGGAUGAAGAGAUAGAAAGAGUAAGAGAGAGCAUGUCAGAAGACAAAAAGACUGAAGUGGACAUGCUGAUUUCUCAACUAGAAAUUCAUAAAGAGAAGUGUGAAGAGGCUUUACAAGAAUGUGUAGCUAAGGAAGAGGAAAUUGCAAAAAUGAAAGAGAUCUUCAAGAUUGAGAAAGAAACUGCAAUUAAAGCAGCGGUUGAUAUGGAAAAAGAGAAGGCUCAAUCUGAGAUUCAGAAGCUCAAGGACAAACAGGAUGAGGAGUUGAGAGACAGGGAAAAUCUCGUACAGACGAUGAAAAAGUCUUUUGAGAUGGAAAAGAAGGAAGUUGAACAAGAAGUAAAUAUGGAAAAAUCAAGAUCCUUAGAGACAGUGGAAGGGUUGAAAACUCAGCAUGAAAAAGAAUUGAAGGAGAAGCAACAUACAAUUGAAAAGUUGGAGAAACAUUUUCAGGAACAGAAGGAGGAGUUGCAAAAAUCAGUUUCGGAGGACCAGCAAAAGUUUGAAGGGGAGAUGGAAAAGCUCCGCACAGAACUAGAAAGACAACUACAACAGAAGGACCAAGAGCUAAAAUUACUAAGAGACAUAGUAGAACAAGAGAAAAGUGAACUUAUGGAAAAGACCAUCAGUCAGGAGAAACAUAAGCAUGACUCUAUUGUUGCAGAAAUGCAAGAUAACUUCGACAAACAGUCAAAAGAAAAGGAAGAUGAACUGACUGCCCUGCAAAGCAGGCUUCAGGAAGCAGAAGGUGCUAAACAGACCCUUGAGGCAGAGGUGGCAGCCGUUAAAGAACAGCAGGAAAAUGCAAUUGCAGAGAUUAAGGCUAGUUCUACUCAGCAGAUUAGUAGCCAAGAAUCUGAAAUUACUCACUUGAAGCAACAGCUUGGAGAGUUGAAAAAGGAUAAAGAUGAUGAAACUAACUUGGCAGCAGGGUUGAAGGCUGACCUUCAGAGACAACUUGAAGUAAAAGAAACUAUGAUAUCAAAGAUGCAAGCCCAGCAGGAUAGUCUCAUAGCAGAGGCUUUGGAAGCUGAGGGACAGAAGUUAGGAGCAGAGCUGGACAGACUGAGAGAAGAAAAACUAGAGGAAAGCAGAAUUUUUGAAAUGCAGCUGGAAAAAUUGAAAGAGUCGUUCGAGUUGCAGAAGGCUGCAGCUGUUAAAGAGGCAUUGGUAGGUGUUAGACAAGAGAGUAUUGCUGGGCUGUCUGGGGCUGGAAGCAGUGAGGGUGCAGUCACCAUGGCAAUAGGAGAGGAGAGAAAGAAACACGAACAAGAGCUGGACAGUCUGAAAAAGAGUCUUGAAAAUAAGAUGUCGAGUUUGAAGGCUAGCCUGCAGGCAGAGCGCCAGGUGGCCUUUAAUGAAGCUGUAAGUAAGGUGGUGGCUGAGAAGGACAGUGAGAUAGAGGCUCUGAGACAGAACCAUCACAAACUGAUGGAGGCCUGGGGCACAGACAAGGAGGCCCUAGAGAUGGCUCAAUCAGCCAUUGCAGCUGCUGUGGAUGAAAGAGAGAGAGCGCUGCGACUUGCUCAGUGGAGGGAGGAAGAACUCAGAGCACUUCAGGCAGACUUGGAUGAUGCAAACAAGAAGCUUGAGGAAAGAUCUGUGGUGUCCGAGAGAACCCCGUCCAUUGAGCAGGCCAUGGAGGCUGGGGAUGUGGAGGGGGCAACAGGCAUGUCUGUCUCCACCAUGUCUGCUAUAACCACCAUCAGUGAUUCUCCAGGGUCUGAUGUUCAGGAGGACAGAAUAAGGACUCUUGAAAUGACUCUGAGGAAGAAAGAAGAGGAAUGUAUGACUUUAAGUCAGAGACUGAUGCAGAGAUCCAUGUCUGCACUAGGAGGACCUACCGAGAAAGUGGCUAUCAAGGAUUUCCAAAUAGGUGACAUUGUCCUGAUCUGCCUGGAUGAGAGGCAUGAUAACUAUGUUGUGUUCACUGUGGGGCUCGUGCUGUACUUUCUACACUCUGACUCCCUCCCUGCACUGGACCUCAAGUCAGCUAAAGCUCCCGGUGCUCCCAGGAAACCUUGGGUUUUGGGACAGAUCACUGACAAGGAGUAUUGUCAGGCUAAAAAGCCUCAGAACAGGUUCAAGGUUCCUGUUGGUACCAAGUUUUACAGAGUCAAAGCCAUCCCAUGGGGCAGGAAACUGUGAGGGUUGUAGAAAACUUUGUAAAUCAAUUACAGAGGAUGAAACACACACUUGAAGCACACAAUUGUCAUAAGUCAUUUGUAAAUUCCUACAGCCCUGUAUCAAACAAAAUGUCAUCUGGGAGAGCAGAAGAUCUAGAGGACCUGCUAUUGUAUUCAGAACAUUUUGUAAUAUCCAAACAUUAUUUAUCUUCAGAACUUUAGUACAUUACUGACUUACUUCAACUUUUAUAUGCAAAAGUUGAGGCCUACUCAGAUGACUCCCCCCAGAUCAGUAGUCAAGUCAAGUCAAUUGCACCGUAUAUGUAUAUGACUUCUCAAUCAAGUCUGUAUUACAUGUCUAUACAUGUACAUGUACAUAACCAGCUCAGCAUGUCAGUUGUUCUCCCGGUCCAUAUCUGUACCUUUGCCAUCUCACGAGUAAAACUAUGACUUGUUGAUUAGGAAGAUAUGUACUUCAUAAUGUACAAACCUGUAGAGUAUCAGCCUACUCAGUUGGUUGAACUUGAUUCACUUGUACAGGCAAUGUUUGCUUGUUUUUCCAACGAGACAAUGGUCCACAUCUACAAAGACUGGUGAUACAUUUAUAUGUAGAUAAAAAGCAAAUGGUCAUGUUAUUUGAUAUUUGGCAACAUAGGCUUAAUUCUGUAUUCAACAAUUAUGUACCUAAAUGUGGUAAAGGGACUAUGUUAACAGACUUGUUUGUUAAAUUAAUUGCAUUUACUCUAGCCAAACAGAAUUGCUGCUUUUUUGCCUACUAUACCAAUAUAGUACUGUGUGUACAGUAAUCUUUGUGUAAAUAACUGUGAUAUGUGCUGUAAAAAUUUAUACAUGUAGCAUGUAAACAAGCAUGCAUGCAACUGAAGAGUUGAGACGUAAAGUAAGAGUCACGAUUGUUAGAGUGAUUUACAUACCCACAUUGUAAACAUACAUUUCAUGUAAUGUAAAACCUUUAAGUACUGAGGUUUAUUUUUGGUGCUAAGCCAAAUUGUCCAGUUAUGUGUGCCCGUGUGAAACAGACUAUAUAGCAAGUCUUUGGGAUAAUUGACAUGUGACCAAUAUGUCCGUGCAACAUAGAUAAAUUUGAUUUCAACUGCGCUAGACUUGUAAUGAAGUCUACAUAACUGUUGUGGAUGAAAUGUUUAUGUAGGUGUUAGCCAUAGUUUUACCAUGGGUAACUUAAUAUGUAUACCCAUGACCCCAGCCCUGUACAUCCAAUGCAGUUCCCUAACAUGAAAUGAAUCAAGUAACUCUUGAGUUUAAGUAGCAACUGUUCUUUUUUUGAAAAUCUAUUGACAUAAAGUUGUUUGGUAGUUUAGGAGAGCAGUCAGAAAUUGUCAAAGAUAUCUUAAUUUCUGCUCAGCAAGUUGGGAUUAUUCCCAUGGAAUGUAUAAGGUAAGCUUUGAAUACUGUACAAGUACAGGUUGUUUGUUGUAUGCAGCAACCCUGUGCAAAAUUAAAUGUGCCAUCAUAAAAAUGGUACAAAAUAAAGCUUUGUUGUGAACUCA